AUUAAUCCUAUGCCUCAAAACUCACUUCCAAACCCAAACCAGUUUCGUGAGUGAGACGCAGAAGGGGUCCCCCGGAGAUGGAAAGAGAGAUGGCAAGAACACAUCUUUGUUUGGCGCCAUCCUUCUUCUUGGUCUUUCUUAUGAUCACAUCUGGGACAAAAAUGUCCGAGUCCGCCAGAGUUUUCACCAUUAUCAACGACUGCAAAGUGACAAUAUGGCCGGCGGCGACGCCCGGGGAGAGCUUCAACGGCGGCGGUUUUGCAUUAAAACCGGCCCAAUCCGUCGUCUUCACUGCGCCGGUGGGUUGGAGCGGGCGAAUAUGGGGCCGAACCGGCUGCAAUUUCGACAAAAGCGGCACGGGCCCCUGUCAAACCGCCAGCUGCGGCGACACCCUCAAGUGCGGCGCGUCCGGCAAAACACCGGCCACGCUUGCCGAAUUCACCCUUUCCACGCUCGACUUUUACGACGUCAGCCUGGUAGACGGGUUCAACUUGCCGAUGGCGGUGACCCCCGUUAACGGCAAAGGGAAUUGCAGCGUGGCCGGUUGCGACCGCGACCUGAGGCAGAGUUGCCCAGCGGAGCUGGCCGUGAAGGCAGGCGGGAAGACGGUGGCGUGUCGGAGCGCGUGCGACGUGUUCAACACCGACCAGUACUGCUGCAGGGGCGUUUACGGGAAUGCGGCAACAUGCCGGCCCACCUACUAUUCCAAGAAGUUCAAGGAGGCCUGCCCCACUGCUUAUAGCUAUGCCUACGAUGAUCCCACCAGUAUUUUUACAUGCUCUGGACCAGACUAUAUCAUCACUUUCUGCUCAUCCAGGUCUCAACCAGUGUGCACAUAUCAUAAUCACAAGCUCGUGUGCAGUGGAUCAAACGGUUUACAAUCACUAAUUGGAAAAUGGGCGACUAUGAUUCUGAUGUUUGCAGUCUCUCUGCUGAUUAUGAAUACUAAUUUUGUGUAAUUAAUUUAUUGGCACGGUUGUUUGAAGGAAUUAACUAGGAAAAAAUGGUGAUUCCCUACUUCAUUUGAGAUCGAAAGAGAUGUUCCACAUACAUGGUUGUACAUAUGAUCGAAUUUGUUCUUUAUUUUUGUAUAUUUAUUAAUUUGAUUAAACGCCAUACAAAUUGCUUU